AUGGUUAUGACGUUUACUCAGGAACAAAUUGAUAGGUUCGGUACUGUACUGAACGAUACAAGCUUCGCUGAAGAUUUGUAUCCUUUGAUUAUUUGUCAUAAACUUGGCAUAUUUCCAGCAAACCCCUUAAAGCUCGAUUCCGAGCUCUCUUUAUACUACGGAAUAUCGGCUGCGAUUUGUCAGUGA